GGGCAGCGGAAGAGUGCGUUAGUUGUGUUUAGAGAGGAGAGCGUGCCGGACUAUGCUGAAGACCUCUACUGACCAGACACUACGCUGAAGUCUGUCUGUUGAACAAGAGCUGCCAGAACUACCAUGACCAUGAGGUUGCGAUCACUUCCCCUCACAACACUUUUAACAGUGCUGCUGUGGUGUUUCCAUGGUAACUCUGGGCUGGAGAUCGUCCCCGGCGACACUGAGGUCAUCCUCAAGGCUGACUCCACCCACUCCAUCACCUGCACGGGUUCCGCCCCUGUGACCUGGCGGUACCGACGGGACGAGAACGUUCCAGACUUUGAGGUGGAGAACGUGUCCCCGGAGUCUACGGUUCUCCGCCUGCAGAACGUGACAUGGAGACACACGGGGGUGUAUGUGUGUGCAGAGGAGGGUACACCACACACACUAGAGGUGGCUGUGUUUGUCCCCGACCCUGCCGUGUGGUUUCUGGAGAGUGCCCACUACAUGGCAGUGCGCCUGGGCGAGGUUGCCACGGUGCCCUGCCUGGCGACGGACCCGCGCAUGGCGGUGACGCUGGUGCAUGCCCUGACGGAGCGGCCGGUAGCGGGCACAUACAGCCCCACGGAGGGCUUCACCGGCCCCAUGGAGGAGGACGACUACCGGUGCCGCGGAGAGCUCAACGGGACCACCGCCGACUCCCUAGCCUUCCACGUCUACAGCAUCAUCGUUCCUAUAGGGAUGAAUGUGUACGUUAAUGCAUCACGUACGGUGCUGAAGAGUGGGGAGAGUGUGAGUGUGAACUGCACUCAGCAUGGAGCCGAGCUCGUCCACUUCCACUGGGACUACCCAAACAACGAGGUGACUGACGCGUACGGUGGUGCGCUCUACCUGCACCUGCCCCACGCCACACCUGCCGACUCUGGGGAGUACGUGUGUCACGUCAGAGAGACCGUCUUCGAACAGACAGCCUCCGCCAGCAUCUACAUCAGCGUCCUGGAGCGGGGUUUCGUGAGGACCUUGUCUCCUCUGAAGAGGAGGAUGCUGUCCCGGUUCCAGAGCACGGAGGAGCUGAGGGUGGAGUUUGACGCGUACCCCCCUCCUGACGUGAAGUGGACCAAAGAUGGACACUACCUCCCUCCUAACAAGGACAACCUCAUCAGCAUACGCCAGGAGAGCGAAUCCAGGUUCGUCAGCACCCUGACUCUGGUGAGGAUUCGGUCAGAGCAGAGAGGUCUUUACAGAGCUCACAUCAGCAACAUGGACGACUACAGAGAAGUGGCCUUUGACCUGGAGGUCCAGGAGCCUCCGCGCAUCACCGAGUUGACGGACGUGUCGCUCUCUGGUCAGAGGCACGCUGUGACGUGUGUGGCCGAGGGAGUCCCGCCCCCCAACAUCAGCUGGUACAGCUGUGAUGUCACGCACAGGUGUGACAACAGCAACAGCAGCAUGUUGCGUCCGCUCUCGUCCAGCUCGGAGGGUGUGAGCGUGGAGACGAGUGUGUCGUUCAACACGUCUCGUCACACACACCAGACACGCAGUCAGCUGAUCUUCCAGCAGCCGCAACUCCUCACCGUGCGCUGCCACGCUCACAACACACUCGCCCUCAGCACCCAGAACAUCAAGCUCGUCUCCAAGACCCUGUUUUCCCAGGUGGCAGUGCUAGCAGCAGUUCUUGCUCUGGUCGUCAUCAUCAUCAUCUCCAUCAUCAUCCUCAUUGCUGUCUGGAGGAAGAAGCCUCGUUAUGAGAUCCGUUGGAAGGUGAUUGAGUCUGUGAGUUUGGACGGUCAUGAGUACAUCUACGUGGACCCCAUCCAGCUGCCCUACGACCUCACCUGGGAGAUGCCCAGAGACAGCCUCGUACUGGGUCGGACAUUGGGUUCUGGAGCGUUUGGCCGCGUUGUCGAAGCAACAGCUUAUGGUCUCAGUCAUGCUCAGUCUACCACCAAAGUGGCCGUGAAGAUGCUGAAAUCCACUGCGAGGCGGAGUGAGACUCAGGCGCUGAUGUCAGAGCUGAAGAUCAUGAGUCACCUGGGACCUCACCUGAACAUCGUCAACCUGCUGGGGGCCUGCACCAAACAGGGGCCCCUGUACCUGGUAACGGAGUACUGUCGCUAUGGUGACCUGGUGGACUACCUGCACCGUAACAAGCACACGUUCCUUCAGCACUACGACAAGAACCGCACUGAGACAGAGCUCUACUGCAACGGAACCAUAGAACGCACUGGAAAAGGGUACGUGUCGUUCAGUGGUGAGUGUGACGGCGGGUACAUGGACAUGAGUCGUGAUGAGCCGAGUGAAUACAUGUCCAUGCAGGACCACACACACACCAUCAAGUACGCCGACAUCCAGCCCUCAGACUACGAAUCACCAUACCAGCAGGACAUCUACCAGGAGCAAGGCCAAGGUGUGGACGAGUCUCUGGUCAUUAGCGACUCCCCGUUCCUGAGCGUCACAGACCUGAUCGGGUUCAGCUACCAAGUGGCCAAGGGCAUGGACUUCCUGGCCUCCAAGAACUGUGUUCACCGUGACCUGGCUGCUCGGAACGUUCUGGUGUGUGAGGGGAAACUGGUGAAGAUCUGCGACUUCGGACUCGCCCGCGACAUCAUGCACGACUCCAACUACAUCUCUAAAGGCAGCACGUUCCUCCCUCUGAAGUGGAUGGCUCCUGAGAGCAUCUUCCACAACCUGUACACCUCUCUGAGUGACGUCUGGUCCUUCGGCAUUCUGCUCUGGGAGAUCUUCACUCUGGGGGGGACUCCAUAUCCUGAUCUGCCAAUGAAUGAGCUCUUCUACAGUGCACUGAAGAGAGGCUAUCGCAUGUCCAAACCUACACACGCCACGGAUGAGAUCUAUGAUGUGAUGAGGAAGUGUUGGGAAGAGAAGUUUGAGAAGCGCCCUGAGUUCUCUUUCCUGGUGCACACCAUGGGCACCAUGCUGACCGAUGCCUACAAGAAGCGCUACGGUCAGGUGAAUGAGAGUUUCCUGCGGAGUGAGCAUCCUGCGGUGGUGCGCACUAAGCCCCGCCCCCUGCCACUCUUCCCCAUAGCUCCGCCCCUGACGCCGCCCCCUUUCCCCCCGCCCUCCAACGAGUACAUCAUCCCGCUCCCCGACCCCAAACCUGACAACACACAGAGCACAGCCAGCUCUGUCUCUGAGGACUCGAUGUCGCUGGAGCCAGUGAUCGACAUUCCGGAGGAGCAGAAGUUAAUUCCUGAUCGGAACAGCGAACCGAGAGAAGUCGCCGGAACACCGGACAUAGAGGAGAGCUUCCUAUAGAGUCCUCAUAGGACACACACACACACACACACACACACACACACACACACACACACACACACAGGUUAUGGUCUACGCAUGUAGCAUUAAAGAGAUACGAGGUCCCCAUAAAGCAUCAUGGUCUUUAAUUGAUGACAAGACUGAUGCUUUAGCACAUGUAAUUGAAUGGCAUGCAGUUAUUUUAUUAGGGACAGAUUACAUACUGUACAUACAGGCAUGCUGUUUAAUAGUCUAAAGUACUGCCAAUGCUACAUGAACCUAAUACACACACACACACACACACACACACACAGUUGACACACAGUUGAAUAGUCCUAAUAGUCUGAGAUUCCUAACCUGUAGUGACGGGCAACAGACCAGAGGAAUGUAGAGGACACCUCAUAUGUGUGUGUGUGUGUGUGUGUGUGUGUGUGUGUGUGUGUGUGUGUGUGUGUGUGUGUGUGUGUGUGUGUGUGUGUGUGUGUGUGUGUGUGUGUGUGAGAGAGAGAGAGAGAGAGAGAGAGAGAGAGAGACUUUCUAAAUGAUAGGGACCAGUGUUGCUGAUGUUUUUGUAUUCAUGAGAUAUAGUGUACAGGCUUGUGUAUGUGUGUGUGCGUGUGUGCGGGCGUGCGUGUGCGUGUGUGUGUGUGUGUGUGUGUGUGUACAUGCAUGCGUGUGUGUGUGUGCGCAUGUGAGUUUUCCAUUUGUGAAUCCACGUAUGUGAGUGUAGCUGUGAAAGAGUGUGUGUGUGUGAGUGUGUGUGUGUGUGUGUGGCAUAUGUAGCAAGAGGUGGAGUCACUGUGUUCUGUUCAUGUUUUGGCUAGUUUGUUUGUUUGUUUGUUCGUUUGUUUUGCUGUUGUAAACAUGUAGAGUAUAAGGGACCUAAAGGUCCAUAGAGCACCUGUGAAGGUGUGUUGUAUUACGCUCCACCAGUCAACAUCACACACGCUAAACUCAACACUAAAACACUUACACAUUUUUACAAACCGUUAAACAAUCAACACUAAGACUUCACACGUCAGACUAAGAGUAUUUAGAGGGCUAUUUCAAAGUAUAUACCUUUGCACUUUAUGUAUUUUUUCUAUUGGGAACAAAAAAUCUUUUUUUUUUCAUUUAAAUAUUUUCAUAUCUUGAAUGAUUGUUGUUUAUUCUUAAAUUGUGCGUGAUUGAGGUUUAUCAUUACUGUUAUUAAGGUACACUGCUAGUAUUGUGGAGGUCCAUCACUAGUAUUGUGGAGGUCCAUCGCUAGUAUUGUGGAGGUACAUUGCUAGUAUUGUGCUAGUAUUGUGGAGGUACAUUGCUAGUAUUGUGCUAGUAUUGUGGAGGUACAUUGCUAGUAUUGCGGAGGUCCAUUCAAACCUCAGGGGAAAUCAGUUAGCGCUAGCGCUGGUGAGUUAGCAUUGUACUGGUCAGUUAUCAGCUACAGUUCAGCAGUGUGGUUCCAAUGUUGGAUGAGAAAGGGUUUUAAGAGAGUGUUCCCCCCUGAAGCCAUCGGUAGUCUCUCACGCACACACACACACACACAUACACAAACACACCGUAAGCACCCUACCCCCCACACAGACACAGAGAGGGAGAGAGAGAGAGAGAGAGAGAGAGAGAGAGAGAGAGAGAGAGAGAGAGGGAAGGAGAGGGAAGAGCGAGUUUCAUUUCUGUGUGGAGACUGGAAGGAAGGAGCUGGUGGGAGAGGAGACAGAAGAGCCGAGACCACUAAAGAGGAAGUCUGCCACACACAAAGGGUCUCAUUCCUCUUAUCUGCG